GCCUCUGAGGAGGCAGCUCCUCCGCUCCAGCAGAGCUUCAUGAUCCCCAAAAAGGAGAUAAACAUGGUUUCCGACAUGGGCAAGUGGAAGCGCUCGCAGGUACGACCCUGGGCCCAGGGAGAGCUGCUAAUGGCACUCAGCAGGGCAGAAGGAAGGAAGCUGACCUGUGAAUACAAAGUCUCUGAGCCCAUUGAAAAGCUGGUGGCUCUUCUGAACACCCUCGACAGAUGGAUCGAUGAAACUCCACCGGUGGAUCAACCUUCUCGCUUUGGGAACAAAGCCUUCAGGACCUGGUAUAGCAAACUAGACCAGGAAGCAGAAAAGCUGGUGGCAACAGUGAUCCCCAAGCACUUGGCGGAUGCUGCGCCGGAGGUAGCGCUGUACCUGAAGGAAUCCGUGGGGAAUUCCACCCGCAUUGACUACGGCACAGGGCACGAAGCUGCAUUUGCGGCUUUUCUCUGCUGCCUCUGCAAAAUCGGCGUUCUCAGAGUGGAUGACCAGAUGGCCAUUGUCUUCAAAGUGUUUAACAGAUACCUAGAAGUGAUGCGGAAGCUGCAGAAGACCUACAGGAUGGAACCUGCUGGCAGCCAGGGUGUGUGGGGCUUGGACGACUUCCAAUUUCUACCCUUCAUAUGGGGCAGUUCCCAGCUAAUAGACCAUCCAAAUCUGGAGCCUCGGCACUUUGUUGAUGAGAAGGUGGUAAAUGAAAACCAUAAGGACUUCAUGUUCCUGGAGUGCAUCCUCUUCAUUACAGAGAUGAAGACGGGCCCCUUCGCCGAGCACUCCAACCAGCUCUGGAACAUCAGCGCCGUCCCCUCCUGGUCCAAGGUGAACCAGGGCCUCAUCCGCAUGUACAAGGCAGAGUGCCUGGAGAAGUUCCCCGUGAUCCAGCACUUCAAGUUCGGCAGCCUGCUCCCCAUCCAGCCCGUGACGUCCUAAGGAGGCGGCGGGAGGAGCGGAGGCAGCGGAGGCGCCGCGCUCUUCCUCCUCCCCUCGCCGCCUCCUCAUCGCCUCGCCGCCGCACAGCCCAUCCAUUCCCGCACGUCCUCAUCGGCAACCGCAGAUCCAAAGCGCUCGCCGGCCCCGCGCGGGGGACGGGACCGAGGGCUCUCCUGCAAGUCCCGGCCACGGGGACCUCCCGCGAGCGCCCGAG